UCGUCAACCUGGCUUCCCGUGGCAACCUAUAACCCGCCGUUUGUCGGUUUCGUGAGCUGUGACGGGGAGGUGGCGGCUGCGUUGUGCGGUGCGGCGCGCUCCCGGAGUUCGGCAAGAUCGGUAAGUUGGCGUAAUUGCGUCGAAGGUGCGCUGUUGUUGUGCGUGCGUCUGCAUUGUGUGCUGCGAAAUACGGAAGCGAGCGCCUCUAGCGGUGGAAGACGGUCCCAAGGUGCACCAGCACGAGAAGUGCGUAGAAGAUAAUCGUGUGUGCAACCGACACCACCACACCGCCGACGCUCCGUUCCCCGCUGCAGGUUGCAGCGCAUUACACCACCUUCGACUCGGUUUGCAUCAUUUGCCCCCUCUGGGCUGAGCUCCGGUAGCGGUGCGAUGUUCAGGGCACGCAAACAGCUCGGUAAGCGACAAACGGCGGAAAGUAGCAACGGGUUUCGUCCGAAGAAGUUCCGGACGGAUCAGCAGGUGCCCACGUUCCAAGUGGGUGGUGAGGAGGGUGACGGGGUCGGAAGGGAAGGCGAAGAUGGUACGGCGAACGUCGGUCGGUUCGGGCGGCGAAUCGUGCGCGGUCGGACGGGUAACGUUUUGCUCGAUUGCGAAAUUCCUCGCUACGGGACGCCGGUCGAGCGGAAGCACUGCCGGAAGGCAGGUGACUACGUGAUCGGGCACGAGCUGGGUACGAGCCCGGGCGUACCGCAGACCCAGUAUCUGGCCCGAAAGCAGGGAACGGACGAGUACUACCUGUUAAAGAUACUCAGCUUUGAUCCGGAAACGGAAAUCGUCGAUAAGGAAGCACUCCAGGGAAAGGUGCUGCUGCACAACGAGUACACGCUUCUCUCGAUGCUGGACGACCUGGACGGGGUGAUCCAUCAGCAUGGCUUCUUCAGCGACUACGCGUUCGAGGAGCGUCAGAUCGAGAACGGCGACGGUACGAUGCAGUCGAUCUACACUGGUCGCAUCCGCCGCCGUCUCAUACUCGUCCUCGAUUGCGUGCAUGCGCACGAGUUCUGCGACCGGUCGGCCGACUUCAUCAGCCUGCAGCGCUACAUCACGGUCACCAAGUACACCGAGCUGGAGGCGCUGCAGCUGUUCUACGAGGUGGUGAAGGUGGUCGAGAAGCUGCACGCCCGCAACAUCAUCCACCGGGACCUGAAGCUGAACAACAUCGUGCUGGAUCGGCGCACCAAGCGCGUCGUGCUGACGAACUUUUUCCUCGGCAAGCAGCUUAUUAACGAGCGGGAGGUACUGUUCGAUCAGCGGGGCAGCCCGGCGUACAUCUCGCCGGACGUGCUCGCCGGCAAGCCAUACAAGGGCAAACCGUCGGACAUCUGGGCGCUCGGCGUGAUCCUGUACACAAUUAUCUACGGGAAGUUUCCCUUCCUGGACACCACACCGACGGCACUGUUUCGUAAGAUUCGGGAGGUGGACUACGUGAUUCCAGCUGGCUUCAAAACGUCGGAAGCAACAAACAAUCUGAUACGCUCAAUGCUUACGCUUAAUCCGGACGACCGCUUCUCGGCCAUCGAGGUACGCAUGGAACUGCAUCAGAUGCUGCGCAGGAUGCGCCCGGCCAAGCGCGACGUCGACCAGCUUGUACCGGACCUGCCCGAACCGGGUGACUCCACUUCCGGCGAUCACUCCAUACCGGCGAACGAGCGGGAUGUCGUUCCACCCGCUACCGGACGCUCCGUACGGUCCGCAUCGGCGGUGUUCGGUGAACCAAUGGACGUCGCCGGCGACUCCCCGACUCCCCCCGACACGAUCGGCUCUCCGGUAACGACGGAACUGGCCACACCAAAGUAUGAACUUUCCACCGAAGCGUUUUCACGCAUACUCGAAACAAAAAACCAACAGCGGUUCGAAUUGGGCUCGGACGGUGGGGGUUUCGCCAACCCGAAACAACUGGGAGGUGCGGGUGGCACUGGGGCCAAGAAGCUUUCCACGUCGAUCCGUACGACGCCGUGUAUCUAUCCGUUGUUGUUUCCGUUCGUCGCAAAUGGGAGUACUCCGAGUGCGGCCGGAGCACUCCAGCAAGUGAGUCGUUCGAUGUCCCAGGCCCAGGGGACGCCACUAGCGGCGGGUGGUGGCGGCGGAGUCCAGCGGAAUCGGUUCAACUUUAAUCUAAACGUGCAAUAUUCGGCUCGCUCAUAUAACGGUACAGGAGCAGCCGCGUCCGGGCCUGGAAUAGGAGUGGAAUGGAAUCAGAGCGGGACCGAAAAUAGCAAUACGGAAUCACUAUUGGAACCCAAUACGCUUACUGCACCUGCCCAACCCAUCCCGGUGUCUCCGCUGACAGCAACUCCCCCCGGCAGGGCCUCCUCCAUGAACAACUUAAACCAAUCGCAGGAUCAGCUGGCGCAGAUGCUCCCACCGGCGGCGCAAAGACUGUACGCCAUUAUGAACUACAUUUCGCACGUUCGAGGGUGUACGACCGCAACGCCGUCACGUGGUGGUGCGACCGACCGUCCAUCGGUCGGCACCGGAGCCGAUGCCACGGCCGGGGUCGUCGGGUCGCCUGGGCUCGAGUUUAACGGCGUCAUCACGCAGGAGAUCGCCCACAAGAUCGUGUCGUUUCUGAUCGUAAACAUGCGACAUCACGCGUGGGUCGUGAAUCGGUUCCGCUCGAACGGCAACGGAACCGGUGGCGUCGGUGAUCCGGCUCAGCGGGUGAACAAUCUGCUCGAGCUGCUGCGCCAGCUGGGCGUGCGGAUGGAGGCUCGCAACGGGCAGAUUGUGAUACGGGCGGAUCAGACGCGCGAGCGACAUCAGUUUCUCGGCAUCAUGUUGCGCCUGGCGGGCAUCAACGAUAGCUACUUCGUGCAGUCGGCGCAACAGCAACCACCGUCGCAUCCUCAGGAACUAGCUACGCAUCAUCCACUUGCUUAAAGCCUUACACCAUGGGCACCAGAUUCCGGUCCGGAUCUGGUGCGCGUUUGAGAGUAUUUCGCUUUUCUAUUACAAUUUAUAUUACUUCCUUCCGUAGACGCAUGUAGUCACCGUAGGAUGAACAAGAUAUGUCAAAUGCUCCGGAACGUUUACCUGGGCACAUCGAUUGCCCCAGCCCCCGCUAUAUCAACACUUAAGAUAUAGUCGUGUGCAACGGACUCUUCAAGCCUGAAGCUAGCGAAAAAUUACGAAUCUAACCGAAAGUGAAGGUGAAACUGAACUGAAUAUUUUCAUGGGAGGAGGAAAAAAUGAAUUUAUCGGCAAACGAAACGAAACGAUAGCUAAGAAAAUACCUGCCAACAACCAGAACUGGGUUCAAGAGGGAAGUUUAGUCUUCGUUCGUUUGCUCCAAGAUCGUCUCUUCCAUGUGCUUUAUUUUGCCCCCCCUUAUUUUAAUAAUUUACCUACAUUUAUCUCUAGACUGAAUUCCCUUGACAUUUGUUUUUUCGUCCCGAAAAGUAGGCGUAGAUGUUGUGGACCAAAAUAAGUUAUUUCCUUUACGCAUGGGCCAACGAAUCUGGGUGUUUAGUGCACGCGUCAAUGCGUCACUGCGAAUGAGAUGAUGAAAUAAACCAAGCGGAUGAAAUCAUUUACACAACCUUACGGGGUUUCUGUU